AUGUCUUCAAAUGGGGCCAAGCACGACAAGAAAAGCGAGUCUGAGUCAGACACGGAAGUGCAUCAAUACCAGGCUGGUUCAACCACUCAUCGUGACCUCGAUGAGUGGAAGCAUCGCGCACCGUAUCACAUCCACAAGAAAGAUGAGAACUUCCCUGUGAAGUGGCGAGGACAAUGUCACUGUGGGCGCGUCAAGUAUCAACUCAGCCGUGAGCGGCCCUUGAUCUCAAAAUACUGCCACUGCACGACGUGCCAGCGGCUGCAUGGCGCACCUUUCCAGUGGGCCACCAUAUUUCACAAGGAGGAUAUCAACUUCACACACGGCCACCACGACCUGGGUUGGUACGACCCUUCCGCGAAGUCGCAGACACACCACCUCCCCUGCAAGGUGUCGUGCGCCUUCUGCCGGACGCCCAUCAUGGACGAGGGAAGGAACAUGAUCCUGCUCUACCCGACUCUCAUCGAAGGUAUUGAGACACCUGAGGCAAGAAAGGCAUUUGAGUCUAAGUGCCACAUGUUUUACCCGCAGAGAGUGGUGGACUUCAAAGGGGAUGGGAUUGCAAAGUGGUCUGGGCUGGAGGGUGACAGUGACUUGUUGGAUGACGAUGGGAACGUGAUGAAGAAGAGGAAAAAGCAAGAGAGCAAGUGA